GCGGAUGAUGGCGAUGUGCAGCUGCUUAAUUAUUGCUCUCUGCAGCUGGGUAUUAGGAGAGGAUUUGCAUACAGAAGACUCAAACCAAACACAUCAAGAUCUGACAGUCACUCGAUUAAUCAGGGCCUGAAUACCAUCACCUUUGAAUGUGGGAGGAGAAAUGUUUGUCUGUUUUGUCUGUGGGAAAACAUUUCAAACAUCAGUGACUGGGAAAGCACCGAGACACACACACACCCGAGUGAGAGUGUUCCACUGAACUGACUGUGGAAGGAGCUUCAACUAGUUACGCAGCCUGAAAAUACAUCUCACCAUUCACAGUGAGGAGAAAAUAUACACGUAUUCUGUGUGUGGACGAGGUUUCAGCUGAUCAUCCAUCCAGGACGGACUCAAGGACGUCCGUACCAUGGAGAAACCGUGGAAAUGUGAGGACUGUGGGAAGGGGUUCAGUUACCCAUCCUGGCUGAAAAACCAUCGGCGCAGUCACACCAGGGAGAGGCCGUUCACCUGCUCCGAGUGUGGGAAGGGAUUUACUCGGUCAUCCCACCUGCUGACACACCAGCGAGUUCACACAGGGGAGAGGCCAUUCAUCUGCUCUGAGUGUGGGAACGGAUUCACUCAGUCAUCUGACCUGCUGAGACACCAGCAAGUUCACAUUGGAGAGAGACCGUUCACCUGCCCUGAGUGUGGGAAGGGAUUCACUCAGUCAUCCACCCUGCUGACACACCAGCGAGUUCACACUGGGGAGAGACCGUUCACAUGCUCAGUGUGUGGGAAAGGAUUCACUCGGUCAUCCCAACUGCGAACACACCAGCGAGUUCACACUGGGGAGAGGCUGUUCACUUGCUCCUUGUGUGGGGAGGGAUUCACUCAGUUAUCCCAACUGCGAACACACCAGCGAGAUCACACUGGGGAGAGACCGUUCACGUGCUCUGUGUGUGGGAAAGGAUUCACUCGGUCAUCCCAACUGCGAACACACCAGCAGGUUCACAAUCGAGCGAGGCCAUUCACCUGCCCUGUAUGAGGGAAAGGAUUCACUGGGUCCUCUGACACAGUAAAGCACCAACGAAUUCACACUGAGGUGAGGCCAUUCAGCUGCACUUCCUGUGGAGAAAGAUUCAAGUCUUCGUCAAACCUUCUGAAACGCCAAGGAGUUCAGACUGGGGAGAGAUCUUUCGCCUGUUCCAAGUGUGGGAAGGGAUUCACUCAGUCAUCCUAGCUGUUCACACACCAGCGAGUUCACAAGUGACUGCAGGGGUUGGAUUCUGCUCUAUUUGCUGCUGUUAAUCACAUCCAGGACUGAACCACGUUCUUUCUGACAGCUGUGGUUUGUUUCUGCUGAUGUUAAUAAUCCCUGCAACUGGGCUGGAGUUUAAUAUCCUGGAUCAAUAACUGAUUGUGUUCUCGGGGCUGAAGUGUCCCUUUAAGAACCGUUGUCUCUGCUCUUUCGCCAUAAUUCAGGAACUCUCAUCAGAAAUUAGUUUCCAACACGAUUCUGAACUUUUACUUCAAUCCUAAAUUAAUCGUUGGUACGAACUCUACAAUUUAGUGUCUGAGAGGUUUCACUGAUUAACAUCCCCAUUUAAGAAGUGCUGAUUUAAUCCUUGCUGACAAUUCUUACAGACUUGCGCAUUACUCACAGUGACACCUCCAUUAUCCACCAGAAAGAAGGGAAAUGGGAACUGAUGGAUAAUCAAGAGUUCCCAAAUGUUACCCCUCCCGUCUGGUACAGAAAUCCCCUCGGCAUGGGAAUGGGGACAAGUUCAAUCCAAGUAACAGACUGGAAGAAGUCGCACUUAAUAGCCUUAUAAAAUGUUGAGAGAUUCAUUGUAUAUUACCAAAACACUCUCGCUGUUAUGAAGAAAUCUUCCAUAGCAGCUUGCUGACUGAGAAAUGGAGGACAGGCCUGUUAUCUCUGCCAAGGACAUGUCUCUCGCACAGGACAUUUCUAAUCCUGAUACGAUUGGGUCUCAUGGCCCAUCUGUAAGUGUGUGUAAAGGUUAAAACAGGCUCUUGAGAGCACAGAGAUAUUGACGUGAUCCACACUGGCUUUCAGCCCAACACCCACACUCUGGCACACACCAGUUAACCGUUCAGAGGAGACUGUCACCACCAGCUACAGAGACCAGCGCUCACUCUGCGUCAUUUGUCCGUUUGUCCUCCAGGACCAGUAAAUUGUUUUCAUCUGUCAUGAGUCGUAUUUUUUCGUGUCUGUUUAGCUUUGGCAUCAUAUUUAAACUGUUGCUUCUCAAUAAACUACUAUAAAUUCAA